CUUGUUUAUAUGCCAUCGUUCAAGAUUAGUAGUCGAUCUAAUCAUCUGUACUCCCUUCUUGAAUAGCUAUGGGACCACUGCUCACUCAUUUUAUCUGGGAUUCGCAUGGAGUGACCUGGGAUGGCGGCAAGAAGACAUGGACGCCAGAUCUGCCUACGGAUGCCCAGAUUAUUAUGCAUUUGUUUGCAGUUUAUAUGGAUUUGGCGAUGCCAUCACAGCCAGCCCAGGCCAACGACCGGUUCCCAUUCUCGUACAAGCACUAUGUUCCAAUGGAGGGCAAGCCAGAUCCCACCACAAGGCUGCAGAUUAAGCAGACAUCCAAAUCCCCACCCGAGUACAGCCUCGUGGUGGAGGGAUCGAUGUGGGAGGUUGUGCCUAAACGACUCAAUGUGUGGUACACACUGGUGUUGUUCAUCUUCAUCGUGAUGAGAGAAAGUGGCGGAUAUAUUGGCCAGAUCAACAUCGGUACCCGGUUGAUUGGACUCGGCGAUGUGGUGGAAGGAUACGACGUGUAAAACAGAAAAGUUCAAGGACAAAAUAAAACGAAGCAGGGGAGCGUGAACACAAGCGAGGCGAGCGACUGAGGCGGUGCAACGUGAAAAUAAACUUAUCGCCAUUACGAAGGUACAAAAGUCCAAAACACUAAAAGAGACCGCAGAGAACGGAACAUACUCCAUUGAAACCCUCGCAUAGUCGCAUGAUAGAAUGAGACUAGAGUCAUAUCACUUCAGAAUGACCAAAAAAAAAAAAGAAAAAAAAAGGGUGCCGUAAUAGACUCCAGCCGCAGUCGAGGGCCGCGGUGGGCGUAGUCCUUCGAUAGUCCAAACAAUAAAUAACACGAUUCUCGCCCUUCAAC